AAGCCUGGCUCCGGUUCAGUUGUAAUGACUUGUCAUAUUUACCUUUCACAGUCUUUGGCUGAAGUUAAUCAGGAAAGUGAGAGAGGGCGUCAUGUCACCCAUGACCCUUCAGAGACAGCGCAGCAUCACUCCUUGCAUCACCGACAGAGACCCCCUACCCGACUCCUCCAGUGAUAAAGACCCUGUGUCGCCCAGGGUUUGUGAGGGCACCCCUCCUUUGCCUCGAGUCACUGAACGGGGAGGCUCCUUCAGGGACGUAGGCAAAAAUCAAGUCGGUGGACCACGGCGGCCUCUGCGCAGCGUUUCCAUGGCCCCCCCUCAUCGUGUGUCAGAUUGUCUUCGCCAUGGCAACAGCAGUGAUGCUCGGGCUGUGAGGGCAGUGUGCCUGCUGAUGGGAGGGGCAGCGGCCUCUUCUGCUAUGGGUUACCUCAACUCCUGCUCUCCUUCCUCUCCACUUGCCAGCAGAGCCCCGGAGCUGGCCCAUGGCGCUGGAGGCUUAUCCGAGCUCACCGCAGGAAGCUCCUUUCACGCCUGCAGCCAAGACGUCGACUCCCCGCACUUCAACAGCUUUGACUUUGAAGGAGACUCCGACUUUGAUGCAUUUGACUGUGGAGGAUUUGCUUUUUAAUCAUGGCCAGAAAAAGAGAUAAACUGUUUGAAAAGACCUUUCAAAAUCCCUGUGUUGGUAUCCUUUUAUAAUAUAAGGGCAUUGUUAUCAAGUAACCACUCACUGGGUUAUCUACAUGUCUGAUUUAUAAAUUAAUGAAGGUGUCCCUCCUGGAUUU